AUGGACGAAUAUACUCUUGAUGAACAGCCAACUGCUGAUAAAUCCAAAUCUCCUAAAGAUAAAAGAUUUUUAAUUUUUUCAGUUUUAUUAUUGAUUAUUCUUGUGGGAUUACUCAUUUUUUUAUCUUAUAUAAUAGGUAUCCUUAUUUUUGAUCAUAGAAAAAAUUUAAAUAAUAGACCUUAUGAAAAACUACCAGAACAAGUAAAUGUAAAGUCAGACAAAAUAAUCCACAAGGAACUUCCAGUAGAUAAAUUGGAUGAAAAAACUGAACCAGUUAUUCAGGACCGUGAUAAUAAAAAAACUAAAGGAGAUACUUUAGAUCCAGAAAAGUUAAAUAAGGACGAACUCUUUGAACCCGAGAAACCAAGGGAUUUGAAUACUGAUGAUUUAAAUAAUAAGGAAAAUGAACUUGAACCUGUUGUUGGACCACCAAAGCCUCCAGUCGCCAAUCCCGAACCUAAUAAAGUAACAGAUCAAGAGCAUAAAAUAACUGAAGAUAGAUCAGAUGUUGUUACACUUCCAACCGGAGAAGAAGAGAAGCUUGAUGUAUUUAAGGAGGACAAAACUCCCAAAAAAGUUGAACCAAACCCAAAACCAGUUGAAAUACCACCAAAAGUUGAAGAUAAAAAAACGCCACAAGUACAUGUUGAAAGCCCAAAAACUAAUGAUGUUCCUGAAAAUGCCGAGGAUCUUAGAAAAAAGUAUGAAGAGCACGUGCAGGAGGAGAAACGUAAAUUGAAAGAAGAGGAAGAUUUUAAAAAUGAGUUAGAGAGACUUUUUAAAAUACGCCAAGAACAUGCGAUGGAAGAAGCGAGACGAAUAAAAGAACUGAAGGAACGUAAAAAGAACCCAGAAGGAGUAAAGGAUUCAGACAUGGUUGUUCCGGGAGGGAGUGAUAAAGAUACUAUUUUUAAAAAACUGGAAGAAUUUGCACAAAAUGUUAAACACACUGUAAUAAAGGGGUCUUUUGAAGACUGUAUGAUAGGUAAAUGUGAAAAACUUAAGGCUAAUUUUGUGUACCAGUGGGAAUUGGAUCUGCUGGCAGAAGUAUUGUUUGAAGAAAAAACUGCCAUAGAUUUAAAAAAAGAAUAUAAAGUAGUGGAUGAAUAUAGAGAAUUUAGUAAAAAAUAUGGAAAAUAUAUGUCUACCAAACAAAUGUUUAAAACCGGCUUUGGAAACUUUAGGAAAAAUCUUGUAAAAAUAGAGAAGCAUAAUAAAGAUCCAAAUAGAUUGUACAAUAUGGAAGUCAACGCACUGGCAGACAUGGGAUCAGAUCUAUCACAAUUAUCGUCGUUUCCAGUCGAAGCAAAAGAGAGGCUUUCAGGAGCUUCAAAAAAUACAAGAAAUUUAAGAAAUCAAGAGAUAGAUGUAGACUGGAGGAAAAAGCAUGUUGUUUCGAAAGUAGUACACCAGGGCUCGUGCGGAUCAUGCUGGGCAAUGGCGGCAACAGAAGUGUUUAAUUCAUUUGCAGCAAUAAAAAAAGGAGAUAAAACAACUUAUAGCUAUCAACAACUGGUAGAUUGUGUGUCCCCUAAGUAUAAUUGUGAAAAGGGAGGAAGCCAAAUGAAAGCUCUAGAAUAUAUAAAGGACAAUAAAAUGUGCAAAGAUGAAGAAUAUAAGUAUAAAGGAGCAAAACAUCAGUGUUCUGCAUAUAGAUGCGAAUAUGAAUCGGGUGUAAAACAAAUAGUUAGCUUAAAAGAUAAAGAUGCUCUAGAUUUUCUGAAGAAGAAUGGGCCUUUCUUGACUCUGUUCUACACAAGUAACGAUUUUUUCCUGUACGGAGAUGGAAUAUUCAAUGGAAGUUGUGAAGCAAAAGAAGCACAUUCAGUCGUAGUAGUAGGACACGGUCUAGAUACUGAGAAGAAUAAAAAGUACUGGAUAGUCAAAAACUCAUGGGGAGAGGAUUGGGGAGAGCAAGGAUUUUUCAGAAUGUUAGAUGAAUCCACCGAUGAUUCCGAUCAAAAUUCACAAUACUGUGACUUCUUAAAAUAUUCCCGCGGAAUAGUAUAA